CUCAGUCCUCACUCCUCACAUUGCUAUUUGCUAAACCUAAAUCUUAUUUUGCGCCGCAGCCGCUACAGCUACUGCAGCUCUCAGCCUCUCAGUCAAGGAGAAGUGGUGGAGAACGUGAGGCCGCUCAAGAGAGGACGCAACGAAGAGGAAGUACUAUUGGAGAAUGUGGAGCUGAUACUUGACGCAUUUGAUUAUCUCCAACUUCCAUUUGCACUAAAGCAAGGAAAGUAAUGGAAGAUAUUAGUUUUUCACCAGAAGGAAUUUACCCUAUUUCUUCACCAAUUAAUGAGUCUCCUUCUCCUUCACCUUCACCAAUUGAUCAAACUCAUUCACCUAUUCAAGUUGAUCUUGCACCUUCUCCUUCACCUGUUAAUGUUGAUCAUACUCCUUCACCUCAUGAAGAUGAAGUUAAUAAUGUGGAGGCACAAGGAGGAAUAUGUAGGCUGAAAAGUAAGAUUUGGCAGCAUUUCAAAAAAAUUAAAGUCAAUGGUUUGGACAAGGCUGAAUGCAAGUAUUGUAAGAAACUUCUUGGUGGAAAAUCAAAAAAUGGAACCAAGCAUUUGUGGCAGCAUAAUGAGAUUUGUGUUCAAUACAAGAUUUUUAUGAGAGGGAUGAAAGGCCAAACAUUUCUUACCCCUAAGGUCGUGCAAGGAAAACAAGAGUUGGGUGCGGGAACUUAUGAUGCAGAACGUGCAAGGGAAGAGUUGGCAAAAGCAAUUAUUAUGCAUGAGUACCCACUAUCAAUUGUUGAUCACCUUGGCUUUAGGAGAUACUCUGCUGCCCUCCAACCUGUGUUUCAGGUUCCUACUAGAAACACAAUUAAGAAGGAGAUAAUGAAAAUCUAUGAGAAUGAACGAGCAACAACUUUGAAGUUGUUGGAUAGUCUUGAUGGAAGAGUGGCCAUUACAUCAGACAUGUGGACUUCAACAAGUCAGAAGAGGGGGUAUAUGGCUAUUACAGCUCAUUACGUUGAUGGUUGUUGGAACUUACAAAGUCAAAUUUUGAGGUUCAUCUAUGUUCCUGCUCCUCAUACAAGUGAUAGACUUUGCAAUGUAUUGACUGAUUGUUUGAUGGAUUGGAAUAUUGACACAAAACUGUCCACUAUCACCCUAGAUAAUUGUACCACAAAUGAUGCUAUGAUUGAUAAAAUUAAGGAUAAAUUGCACUUAGGUAGUUUGCUUAGGGAUGGAUCUUUACUUCACAUGCGUUGUUGUGCUCACAUCCUUAAUUUGAUAGUAAAAGAUGGGUUGGAAGUGGUGAAAGAAGGUGUAGAAAAUAUUCGGGAUAGUGUAGCAUAUUGGACAGCAACACCCAAGAGGAAGGAAAAAUUUGAGGAAACGGCUAAACAAUUGAGAAUCCCUUACACUAAAAAUUUGGCAUUAGACUGUCCAACUAGAUGGAACUCAACUUAUAAAAUGCUUGAAAUUGCCAUAGGAUAUGAGGAUGUAUUUUGUCGAUUAAAGCAACGAGAGUCUCAAUAUACUUGUUUGCCAAGUACUUUACAGUGGCAAUUUGCAAAGGAUAUUUGUGGGAGAUUGAAGUUGUUCAAUACUAUCACUGAAUUAUUUUCUUCUACUAAACAUCCAACUGCUAAUUUGUAUUUUCCAAAUAUAUGUGAGAUUAAGUUGGCAAUCAAACAAUGGAUUACCUCUCCUAACCCAAUGAUUCAACAAAUGGCAAAAAAUAUGAUGAUCAAAUUUGAUAAAUAUUGGGGUGUGAUUCAUAAUGUGAUGGGAGUUGCCACUGUUUUAGAUCCUAGGUACAAGAUGGAGUUGCUUGAGUAUUAUUAUGAAAAAUUGUAUGAGCAUGACUCUUUUACUCAAGUGAGGGGCAUUCAACAAUUGUGUUAUGACUUAGUUUCUGAUUACCAAAUGAAAAUGAACAAAGGCUCUUUUGGUAGUAAUGUUGGUGAUGUUACUGGUAGUGAAGUUGUUGGUGAUGCAUUAUCUGAGUAUGAUAGAUUUAUAAUAAGAAAAAAAAGGGCUAGAAGUUCUUAUGUUAAAUCAGAGUUAGACCACUAUUUAGAAGAAGAUGUUUUACCAAGAGCUGUUGACUUUGAUAUUUUGAUGUGGUGGAAGUUUAAUGGUGUCAAGUAUCCAACACUUCAAGCAAUUGCUAAGGAUAUAUUAGCUAUUCCAGUAUCUACCGUAGCUUCAGAAUCUGCAUUUAGCACUGGUGGUCAAGUAUUAAGCCCACAUCGUAGUAGACUUCAAUGGACUACUUUAGAGGCUUUAAUGUGCGCUAGAAGUUGGUUGUGGAGUGCUGAAAAUACGGGUUCUAUGAGCUAUAAAGUUGUUGCUGAAUGUGCUAAUGUAAUGAAUGAAAUGGUUUCAGAUGAUGAAGGUGAAAUGAUGGGUGCUGCUAGUGUCACUAAUUUGGAGGAAUGAUUAACAUUUAUUUGUUGAACAAUUUAAGUUGUUUCUUUUUUUUAUUAUGUAAUUUGAAAGAAUGAAACAUGUUUAAGUUGCUAAACAAAAUGAAACAUGUUGAAGGACAACCAACAUAGUAUAUUAAUAUCUCCUUUUUUGCUAAAUAGAAUCAUAUGCUACUUAUUGUUGGGACAA